UAAAGAAUAUUUGAUAAUGUAAGACAUUUAUUAAUAUGUUAGCAAUGCAUCGAUAAUGGAAUAGUAUUUUUAGGGCUUCAAACUUUAUACUAUCUUUAAUUCCAAAAACGAGCUUAUGGAUAAUGACAAUGCUGAGCAAUAAGUUCUAUUAAAUUAAGCAUCGUUAAGAUAUUUUACAAUGACAAAAUUCGCUCUGUAUUAUUUAAUUUUAGAAGUGUUUUUCUGUUUGUGCAUUCAAAAUGUUUAUAGUAAAGCAGCAAUUGAUGACAAUAGACAAUCCUUUCAAGGCUCUAUGUUUUGUGAAUAUUACAAUGAAAAAUGUAACAAUCCAGAUGAUCACAGUAUAGACCAAGAAAAGUGCAAAAUUGACUCUGAAGAAUGUGUUUAUACAGAGGGUAUAAAACAUUUUCAAUGUUUUGUUUUAUGGAAAGUUGACAAUGCUACCAAGCAGCCUAUAAUUCAUAUGAAAGGAUGCUUUUCCAGUGGUGAAGACUGCUACAAAAAAAAUGAAUGUGUUGCUAAAGCACAUGAGACUAGAAAUGGUUAUUUGUUUUGUUGCUGUGAAGGUGACUAUUGCAAUAAAAGAUUUGAAUCUCGUAAAGAACUUUCUACUGAACGGCCAGUAGUCAAUCAUCCUGCAACUAAACCUGGUCAUACAGUAUUUCAUAUAUUAUUAUUCACAUGCCUAGCUCUGCUUUUAGCUUUUGGCAUUAUAUUUGUGGUCUAUUAUUUUUUGAAAACAUGCAAGGUUAAUUACCAUGAGUCUCCAACACAAGCUUUACUUCCUACAAUACCUCAGUCACCGACUGAAGAUCUCGGCCAUAUUCAAUUGCUAGAGGUAAAAGCUUCAGGUCGUUUUGGAUCAGUUUGGCGUGCAAAACGUAAUGACGAUGAAGUUGCUGUUAAAAUUUUUCCAGUUCAGGAUCAACAAUCCUGGCUGGCAGAGCAGGAAAUAUUCAAACUUCCAAAUAUGUGUCAUCCUGAUAUUCUUGAAUACAUUGGUGUAGAGAAGCGAGGUGAUCACCUUCACACAGAAUUUUGGCUUGUGACAGCAUACCAUCAUCGAGGAUCAUUAUGCGAUUAUCUGAAAGCUCAUACUGUGACUUGGAAUGAAAUGGGCCGCAUAGCAGAAUCUAUGGCAAGAGGAUUAACUCACUUGCAUGAUGUAAUUCCAGGACCAAAAGGAAUGGAAAUAAAACCUGCUGUUGCUCAUCGUGAUUUCAAGAGUAAGAAUGUUCUCUUGAAAGCUGAUAUGAGCGCUUGUAUUGCUGAUUUUGGAUUGGCCCUCAUAUUUCAACCAGGAAAGGCCUGUGGUGAUACACAUGGACAAGUUGGAACUCGUCGUUACAUGGCUCCUGAGGUAUUAGAAGGAGCCAUAAAUUUCACAUUGGAUGCAUUUUUGAGAAUCGAUAUGUAUGCAUGUGGUUUAGUUCUUUGGGAAUUAGCUUCCAGAUGCUCUGACCAAGGAAUUCCUUGUCCAGAGUACAAAUUACCAUUUGAAGCAGAAGUUGGUACACAUCCAACAUUAGAAGAGAUGCAGGAAGCAGUUGUAACAAAGAAAGUACGACCAGCAAUUUUAGAUCAGUGGAAACAACAUCCAGGUUUAGCAACCAUGUGCAACACUAUGGAAGAGUGCUGGGAUCAUGAUGCUGAAGCACGCUUAUCUGCCAGUUGUGUUAUGGAACGUGUCAGUCAUUUGAUGCGUUAUGACGUACAGCAAAGUGAGGGUCUCAUAUUAGAGACUAAUCCGAAAGUAUCUUUGUGAUUGAGUUAAUGGAUAUUUACAGUGUUAAAUAUUUAAAUGCAUAAUGAAAUAAUUUUAUAGAAACAAACAGAUUUUUGUGUUAUAAAUGA